CAUCCAACAUUGUUGGGCCAGGUAGCCAUUUCUGAACCAUAGAUUUUCUUUUUUCUUUUUCUCUCGCCUCACCUGCAAUUUGCGAAGGACCUCUGAUUCUGCAUCCUAUCUCUGAGCUUCAACAGAAAUUGUGACUGGAAUGGCUGGGGGAGGAAUGAUCCGGCACCUACUCAGGAAAUUUCCAUCUCAAUCUUCAACCCCUCCUUUGACCUCUUCCCUUAUUUCAAAAAACGAGGAAGCUGGCUUUGCUGGGAUGAACUCCUUUAGAAGGCUUGCGCUACUUGGAGCAGGCAUUUCUGGAUUUUUCAGUUUUGCAACUUUGGCAUCUGCUGAUGAGGCAGAACAUGGCUUGGAGUGUCCAAACUAUCCCUGGCCUCACCAGGGCAUUUUGAGUUCAUAUGAUCAUGCUUCGAUUAGGCGUGGUCAUCAGGUUUAUCAACAAGUGUGUGCAUCUUGUCAUUCCAUGUCUUUGAUAUCAUAUCGUGAUUUGGUUGGUGUUGCAUAUACUGAAGAGGAGACGAAAGCAAUGGCUGCUGAAAUUGAGGUAGUGGAUGGGCCUAAUGAUGAGGGUGAGAUGUUCACUCGUCCAGGUAAACUCAGUGAUCGGUUUCCUGAACCAUAUGCCAAUGAACAAGCUGCUAGAUUUGCUAAUGGUGGAGCUUACCCUCCGGAUCUAAGCCUCAUCACAAAGGCUCGUCAUAAUGGUCAGAAUUAUGUAUUUUCCCUUCUGACUGGUUAUCGUGACCCACCUGCUGGUGUUUCGAUCCGAGAGGGUCUGCACUAUAACCCUUAUUUCCCUGGUGGAGCAAUUGCAAUGCCUAAGAUGCUUAAUGAUGGAGCUGUUGAAUACGAAGAUGGUACCCCUGCAACAGAAGCACAGAUGGGGAAAGAUGUUGUGUCAUUCUUGUCAUGGGCAGCUGAACCAGAAAUGGAAGAAAGGAAACUGAUGGGAUUCAAAUGGAUCUUCGUGCUCUCUUUGGCUCUACUUCAGGCCGCAUACUACCGCCGAUUGAAGUGGUCAGUUUUGAAGUCCCGCAAGCUGGUUCUUGAUGUAGUCAACUAGUAGCUACCUGCAUUUGAGUUUGUGUCUAUUAUUUUGCUUCUGGUAAGAAAUGAAUUGGCAAUAAGUAUCUGUUAGAAUGUAAUGGUUCUUGCGAAGCAAUUUCCUUUUUGAAUCCGUUAAUUUGCAGUGAAAUGACCUGCAUGUGUCGAGUUCCUCCUUUUUGAUGAAAAUAAAUUCAUUAGUUUGUGGUAAAUUGUGAGUAAGAUUUAUAGGCCAAAACAAGGAAUUCGAAGGGUGUCUGCC